AUCAAAAUUUAGGGUCUGCUUAUCUUCUUUAACAUAAUUUCAUGUUAAAAGGACAAGAAAAUCUUCAUGGCGAAUAUAAUUAAGCGAAUCCGAAGCUUCGCAAAUUUGGCCGCGUGGGUGUGACAAAGAUAUGACCGAACAGGGGAUAUAUCAGUGACCGUAAAGUUAGGUAAUGGUUUCUUGGAAGAGAUUUCAAUUAAAUUAAAGAAUGAAUAAUGUUUAGUCCAAUCGAAGAUUUUCCAUUUCGUCAAGCCUUCGGCUUUGUUUGCCAACUAGUCUAAGCCUAUCUCUUUCCCUUUCUCAACCUGCUUUGAACCUUUCUUUAACCCUUUUCAACGUUUUCAGCUUCUUCGAUCCCUAAGCAACCUCUUCAAUUACCAAAUCUCUAAUUUCCAUCCCCUUUUAACUUCUGGGUUUCCUUUCAUUCACUGGUUCGUUGGCUUCUGUUAUAUUCUUUUGAUUUAGCUUCUGGGUUUGAUUUAUUUGUUCCAAUAAGGAUCUGGGGUCUUUUUGAUUGGUUACCUAUAUCUUGUUGUUGAGAUAUCAUGACUGAAAGCCGCAGCAAUGCAAGUGUUAGCUCAAGUUCGAGUUUGAACAGCAGCUUUCCAGAUACUGAGGAUGACCACACCAUUGCAGCCAUUUUAGCUGAAGGAAAUCCCGAAACUGAUCAAGGCAAGCUUGGGAAGAGACUCUCUCACUUGGACUCUAUCCCUCACACACCCCGCAUUAAUGGGGAGAUACCAGAUGUGAAUGAUGCUACCUUAGACCAUGAGCGGCUUUCUGAAAGGUUGGCCACAUAUGGUCUAGUUGAACUGCAAAUUGAGGGUGACGGAAAUUGCCAGUUUCGAGCAUUAGCAGAUCAGUUAUUUCGCAAUCCAGAUUAUCACAAGCAUGUAAGAAAGGAAAUCAUCAAGCAGCUGAAGCAUUUCAGAAAAUUAUAUGAAGGCUAUGUACCAAUGAACUACAAAAGCUACCUGAAGAAAAUGAAAAAAUCAGGGGAAUGGGGAGAUCAUGUUACUUUACAAGCAGCUGCAGACCGAUUCGGAGCCAAAAUUUGUUUGGUUACCUCAUUUCGAGACACUUACUAUAUUGAGAUCAUUCCCAAAGACACGAAGCCUACAAGAGAGCUUUGGCUGAGCUUCUGGAGUGAAGUACAUUAUAAUUCAAUAUAUGCAACUGGAGAUGUUCCUACCAGGAAACCUAGAAGAAAGCAUUGGCUUUUCUGGAGUAUUGGCAAAUCAACAUGAUGAGGUGCAAUGUUUGGGGAGGCAAAAAAGACAGAAGCUUGUGUUGUUGUACAUAGAAUAGAAAGCUUUAUUAUCAAAUGAAAUUGUUAUGUGAUGGGGUACCAUUGGAUUGUGGAUAAAUGGAGCCUUCUACCAUAGUUAAAAGGACACUCUAUUGGGUAAAUAAUUUUACUGAAUCCAUUAACAAUUUAUUAUUGUUAUAUUAUGUUUAAAAAAAUUUCUUAAAAAGUUUAAAGGAAUGAUAUUUGGUGAGGCACAA